UCCAAAUAGAAGGCAGAGGAGAUGGCACUUCGGAUUCUUUGAAGGCGACAGAAAGCGUUGAUGGCGAAAGAAAACGAUUACACGAUGGAAUUCAGAAGCUACAGGGACGAUGCGUGGUACACGGCGCGCGUUUCAUUCGAGGGAGGGAUGCUGAGAGUGUGGUGCUUCGACUUCCCUGGAGAGUGCUACGAUGCGUUUGAAGCGUCCCAAUUUGGGGAAUGUGAGCACCUCCAUGAUUUUCAGCAUCGCUUCAGACCUCUGUCUAAACAGCUUCAAGACAGCGAGUGUGGUUCAGUCGUGACAGGAACCAGGGUCUGCGCGUGUCAGCGCUUCGGCGACGGUGACAUUCGCUUCUACGACGCCGUCGUGGAUGGGGUGAAAAGAAGAAAGCAUUCUUUGACAGCAAAAGAGAAAUCAUGCGUGUGCACCUUCAUACUUUUCUGGUUGAAUGGGCCAAAAGAGGGAAAUCUAACAGCUACAACAAUUGAGGAUAUCUGCAUAAUUCAAUCUGAAGGAGAGCUAGAUCCUGUAUUGGUUUCGUUUCUGGAGAUGGCAAAGGGGAAAAUAGAUUUGUUUUCCACUCGUUCUGUUUCAGCAUCAAAGGGGGUUUCUAGCAUGGAAAUGGCCGCUGAAGGGGACAGAGGCUCAGGCACUACCUAUGGAAUUGGUUAUUUUGAGCGAAUAGAAAAGGCAAAUACUAAAUGUUUUUAUUUUUAUUUUUUAUGUACCCAUGAAUAAUUUCUGCUAACUUGCUGAAU